CGUGUGGGCCGGGCGGGCCGCAGAGGCGGAAGCGGCGGCGGGAGCGCGGAGAUGGCGGCGGCGGCGGCGGCGGGCAUGGGGCAGCAGUGGGUGCUGGUGGAGAUGGUGCAGGCCUUCUACGAGGCUCCUGCUUACCAUCUCAUUUUGGAAGGAAUUCUAAUUCUAUGGAUAAUCAGACUUCUUUUCUCCAAGACUUACAAGCUUCAAGAGCGAUCUGAUCUAACACCUAAAGAAAAAGAAGAAUUGAUUGAAGAGUGGCAGCCAGAGCCUCUUGUACCUCCUGUACCAGAAGAUCAUCCAGCUCUCAACUACAACAUUGUUUCAGGUCCUCCCACCCAUAUAAUCACUGUUAAUGGCAAGGAAUGUAUAAACUUUGCAUCGUUUAACUUUCUUGGACUUUUGGAUAAUGAAAAGGUUAAGAGUGCAGCCCAGGCAUCUCUGAAGAAAUACGGUGUUGGUACUUGUGGACCUAGAGGAUUCUAUGGUACUUUUGAUGUGCACUUAGAAUUAGAAGAACGACUAGCAAAAUUCAUGAGGACAGAGGAAGCUAUUAUAUACUCAUACGGAUUUGCAACAAUUGCCAGUGCUAUUCCUGCAUAUUCGAAAAGAGGGGACAUUGUGUUUGUAGAUGAAGCUGCUUGCUUUGCUAUUCAGAAGGGAUUACAAGCAUCUCGUAGUAACAUCAAGUUAUUUAAACAUAAUGAUAUGGCUGACCUUGAACGACUGUUGAAAGAACAAGAGACUGAAGAUCAAAAGAAUCCUCGCAAGGCCCGUGUAACUCGAAGGUUUAUUGUAGUGGAAGGAUUGUAUAUGAACACAGGAGACGUUUGCCCUCUUCCAGAAUUGAUAAAAUUGAAGUAUAAGUACAAAGUUAGAAUAUUUUUGGAGGAGAGCCUUUCCUUUGGAGUCCUUGGAGAACAUGGAAGAGGAAUUACUGAACACUUUGGAAUAAAUAUUGAUGAUAUAGAUCUCAUUAGUGCAAACAUGGAAAAUUCACUAGCUUCUAUUGGAGGAUUUUGCUGUGGAAGAUCUUUUAUUAUUGACCAUCAGCGAUUGUCUGGUCAAGGCUACUGUUUUUCUGCAUCCCUACCUCCUUUGUUAGCUGCUGCUGCUAUUGAGGCCCUGAAUAUUAUGGAAGAUAAUCCAGACAUUUUUCAGAUUCUCCGGGCUAAAUGCGAACGAAUUCACAAAGCUUUACAGGGGAUUUCUGGCUUAAAAGUAGUGGGAGAGUCUUUUUCUCCAGCAUUGCACCUACAGUUGGAAGAGAGCUCUGGGUCUCGAGAAAAUGAUGUGAAGUUACUCAAAAGAGUUGUGGAUUAUUGCAUGAACAGUGGUAUUGCAUUAACUCAGGCCCGCUAUCUGGAGAAAGAAGAAAAGUGUCUUCCUUCACCGAGUAUUCGAGUAGUGGUAACAGUGGAACAAACAGAACAAGAACUGGACAAAGCUGCAUUACUUCUUAAGGAAGCUGCACGGUCUGUGUUGAAUUAGACUGCUGUUUUGGAUUACUGUUUCCCCAAAUUAUCAGGAUAGGUGUUUAACGCUGUAUAGUGACUUCACUUCAAAUAUUCAAUUUCUUGCACUGGCAGCAUUGAAAGCUGACUGAGUGACAAGAUGUUCCAGAACAGUACAAAUGCAGUGAGGGGAAGAAUGCUGAAUUUUGGAACUGGUGAAUGACACGGUUUACUUCCAAUUCAAACUCUAGCAUUUACUACCUUUCCUUAGAAUGGGAUAUCACUCUUGCAUACAGGACUCUUUUGUAAGUUGCAUCUUAAAAAGUUUUAUUUCUUCAAACCUAUAAACAUUUUCAAAAAGAUAUAUGAACAUUCAGUUUUCCUGCAAAACAUCUAAAAGGUAUCGCUUUCUCUGCAUGUUCCUAGAAUGUAGGAACUUCAAAUAAAUUUCAAGGAAUUCUUCCCCACUCCCCCUAAAUGAAGAUAGGCUGUUCCUAAUGCUGCCAAAAGGGAGAAGAUAACACAUUAAGAGAUAAUUUUGUGCUAUAUUAAGAAAUUUAUUACUGAAUUAUGGGAGGCACUCCAGUUCUUUUUUGGUUAUAUUUUUCUCGAACCAUUUUUGGAAGCCAGCUUUUAAGAACGCCUGGCCAGAGAAUACCAUAAUCUAAACAGUAAAUUUGUAUUAACUGUUAUUUGCUUCCUGCAUUUCAUAUGUGAUCAUGUGCAUGUUUGUUAUUAUGGGUGAGGGUUUUCAUAUUACUAAAACCUCUGAAUUGUGAAACUGGUGUAAUUCCAUUAUAGUAUGUUUAGUCAGGGGGGCUUUGCACCAGUCUUCAAGAGGACUCCUAAGUAAAAUGAAGAAUGAACAAAGGUUUUGAAACAGCAACUAAAUACUAGUUUUGAAGCACUAAAAUAGUGUGUGCUAAGGUUUAUCUCUAAGCAGCUACACUUUAGAGGGGAAGACUCACAGAUAGCUAAUAAAAGUUUAGAUGGUACAAAUACUACUGAAAUACAACUUAAUACAUGCACAUAAAAGCCCCGCAUAAUUGCCUAGUAAUAAUUGGGUGUUAUGCUGUCAGGAUUUUCAGUAAGCAAAGAUGAACAUUACAGAGAUGGACAUACUACACCGAUCAUAGGAAACAGCUGGAAGGAAGGAUGACAGUAAGCUAUACCUUUUUAUAAAAUAAAACUAGCUAGGUAUUUCAGGAUUUUGCUUUAAGAAUGCCCAUUUAAAAAUUUUAUAUUCUGCCUGAUCUGUGUUCUGGGUUAUUUUGUGCUUAUGUGCCUUUUUGGUUGCUGCUACAAGGACUACAGGACUACUUUUGAGAAACAUCAUUGUUUAAAUAAAAAGUUAAUCAUGCUUGUUUCAGAUUUUUAUUUCUCAUAUAAUUAGAUUUUGUAGUGUGAUCAACCAUAUUGUUGAAUAUUCUGAAUCAGAUGUGCGUAGUCUAUAUUGCCUCUUUCAGUUCAUAGUGACUGUCUCUGCACUGGCUUUCAGAAUUUCUCACCUCAGAUGAACCAACCAAAGUUACGUUGUGUUGGGGCACUUCUGUGAUUGUUUCUUGACUAUUUGAAAUAGUCAAAUCAUUUUCUGUGCAACGCAGAGAAGCCUUCAUCCCAAUGUGAAAGAAUAUUCUUAUUUCGCUAACAUUUAUGUUUUUCUGUAUGAACUGUGAAUAAAAGCCUGUGAACAGUGAACAAUUUGAAAGAACAAAAAUGUGGGGAAGGAAGCUAAUGUCUGCUUUACAGACUGGAACUAAAGUGCAGAACAAUCAACCUUCCCAAGACUGUCGGAGAUUGCAAGAAAUGGAAAUUAAAACUUACCUCAGUACUUUUAUGGCUUGUGAGCCAUUUUUGUUUUGAUAAAUGAAACCUGAAUAUUCAAGUAAACUCAAGCCUUUGAUGUAGAAGCUGAGAACAAAAGAGGUACCUGGAUUCCAAUGCAGCAUAAUAAAUGGAUUUGGAGUUCAUGGUAAACCUGUAAAGGUAAGCAAAUCACCAAUUAGUAUUGAAAUACUAGGUUGCAGAAUAUAUAUUAACUUUUUGCAUUUUGUUUUGGGUUGUCUGCAAAUGUGGGGAAUUUUUUUAUUUCAGUUUCGAGAGCAAGUAACAAUUUUUAGAUUUGUGGGUUUGUUUUGUUGGUUUUGGUUUUUGCUUUAAAAUGAAGUGAUAACACCUAAAUUGGCAGGAAGCAGCAUGGAAUUUCUGGCAAUUUCAAAGCUGUGGUUCUUAUGAAACAAAAGUUCAAGUACGUUGCGAAGAGAUACUAUCAUCAGAUUCAUUUGGCAAACAUACACAGAGUUAAAACAUUGGUAAAACUUCUUUUGUCCAUUGUUGCUUACAAGAGUAUAGAAAAAAAAAAGCAUUUAAAUCAGAGUAAAGUGAACACCUUAUGAUUUACAGCAGUUGAAGUACUGUUAUAAUGUAUAUUUUACUGACAGGUUAUAUACAUGGUCUCUGUGAGAAAUUAAACAGGAGAUGUAGGUGAUGGAGAGAGAUAUGGCUCGUCAGUUUAAGCGUGUCUGGCCCUCUUCAUUUUGGCUUUUUUGAUAAAUAGCUCUGACGUGGCAAGUGGAUGAAGGGAAGGAUAGCUCUGGGGAAAAAGGUUGCUGGAGGUUAGGGAGACAGCAGGUGAUUCUGGUUAAACUUCUGACAUUGGAAAAUCAGAAGGCUGUUAAGGUGCUUAAGUUCUCAGUACUCUAGGCUGAUAAAUAUAUGAACAAGCCUGUUUUAGUUGUUUUGUGGUUAUGUUUGGAUGACGCAGGACAUUUUCAUUCGUUUCUUCAGAUGUGGGAGCUGGACUGGGGGUCUCAAAUGGGGGUCUCAAAGCUAUUCAGCAGCAUACCGUGAGGUGAAUCAAACACGUAAGGGCAUUAUCCCAAACUUCAAAGUUUCUGUUGAAAAUGAAAAUCUGGAUUUUUAAUUCUAAUUCAACUAAUUUAUGUAUUUUGCCCUGCCAAGUAUUUGGAAUAGAAUUUCAGUUAAAUGGAAGCAUCAGGAUAAGAAACAGUGGUCAAAAUAAAUGUUGUUAAUUUUUUUUUUUUUUUUGCUGAAGAUUGGAAUCUGGUACCUGAAGGAAUGCAUUUUAAUUGUAGUAAGGUGGACAUUUAUUGAAAUUGUCUGGAUGAAAGCAACUGUUUCUGGGAUGGACAAGAAAGAAUUUGUACUUUGAAGGUAUUUUGACUUGAAGAAACAAGUCUUCAUUAUACAUAUUCUUUUUUUAAACAAAAAUGUAUUUUUUUUUAAUAUUUAAAAAUAAUUAAUUGAUUGCUAUUUGUGUGGGUUCGUUGUUUUAUGGGAAAAUCUACAGAUGCCUUUUCUGUUUAUUAUAGUAAUGAUUUUUUGAUAGGAGGUGAAAUGCAUAAGGAGAGUAUUAAGAAAAAAAAGAGAGGUAUGGCUGAAUAACUUUGAUUAUUUUUUUUUUCACUUCUGAAAUAUGAUCCCAGUCACUGUACAGAAUGGUGUACUGUCUUCUUUCUGUCACUCCAUAUGGACUUCAUUAUUUUAAACAGGGUGGUGGGAGUGUUGGCAUUCAUUGGUCUAUGAAGUUCCUACCGCAAAAGUGUCUUGCGUUUUAGGAUGACUCAAGAAAUCUGCGUGAGCUGUAGAUGCUGUUUGAACAGGGGAAAUACUUUAACACAAAGCAUUUGUAUAUUAAACCAUUUCACUGUCCUAAUAAAAACAAGUGUCUGGAUAAUA